AUGCCGGACCAGAUCUCCGUGUCGGAAUUCGUGUCCGAGACCAAUGAGGAUUACAAGUCACCCACUGCCUCCAACUUCACCACCCGGAUGGCCCAGUGCAGGAACACGGUGGCGGCCAUCGAGGAGGCUCUGGAUGUUGACAGGACUGUUCUCUACAAGAUGAAGAAAUCUGUCAAAGCCAUAAACAUAUCUGGGCUGGCUCAUGUGGAGAAUGAGGAGCAGUACACACAGGCACUGGAGAAGUUUGGAGGCAACUGUGUGUGCAGGGAUGACCCAGACCUGGGGACAGCCUUCCUCAAGUUCUCUGUCUUCACAAAGGAACUGACUGCACUCUUCAAGAACCUGAUUCAGAACAUGAACAACAUCAUCACUUUUCCACUGGACAGUUUGCUGAAGGGAGAUCUGAAGGGAGUGAAAGGGGACCUGAAAAAGCCCUUUGAUAAAGCUUGGAAGGACUAUGAGACAAAAGUCACAAAGAUAGAGAAGGAGAAGAAAGAGCACGCGAAGCUGCACGGCAUGAUCCGGACAGAAAUCAGUGGAGCUGAAAUUGCAGAGGAGAUGGAGAAGGAGAGGAGGUUCUUCCAGUUACAGAUGUGUGAGUACCUUCUGAAAGUCAAUGAAAUCAAGAUCAAGAAAGGAGUGGACUUGCUUCAGAACCUGAUCAAGUACUUCCAUGCUCAGUGCAAUUUCUUUCAGGAUGGGUUAAAAGCAGUUGAAAGCCUCAAGCCUUCGAUCGAGAUGCUCUCCACAGACCUUUAUACAAUUAAACAAGCACAGGAUGAGGAGAGGAGGCAAUUAACACAGCUCAGAGACAUUUUGAAGGCAGCACUCCAGGUUGAUCAGAAAGAGGAUUCCCAGAUCCGCCAGAGCACAGCCUACAGCUUACAUCAGCCUCAGGGAAACAAGGAGCAUGGCACUGAGAGGAGUGGCAGCCUCUACAAGAAGAGUGAUGGGAUCAGAAAAGUGUGGCAGAAAAGGAAGUGCUCAGUUAAAAAUGGUUUUCUUACGAUUUCCCAUGGUACAGCCAACAGACCUCCAGCAAAGCUCAACCUCUUAACCUGCCAAGUGAAGACCAACCCUGAGGAGAAGAAGUGUUUUGACCUCAUAUCACAUGACAGAACCUACCACUUCCAGGCAGAGGAUGAGCAGGAGUGUCAAAUAUGGACAUCUGUGCUACAAAACAGCAAAGAGGAAGCUUUAAAUAAUGCAUUCAAAGGAGAUGAUAACACAGGAGAAAAUAAUAUUGUCCAGGAACUGACAAAAGAAAUUAUAUCUGAAGUCCAGAGGAUGACUGGAAAUGAUGUGUGUUGUGACUGUGGAGCACAAGAUCCUACCUGGCUUUCAACCAAUCUGGGAAUCCUAACUUGCAUUGAAUGCUCAGGAAUCCAUAGGGAGCUUGGCGUUCACUAUUCCAGGAUGCAGUCACUUACAUUAGAUGUGCUGGGAACAUCUGAACUUUUGCUUGCAAAGAACAUUGGGAAUGCUGGGUUCAAUGAGAUCAUGGAGUUCUGCCUGCCAGCUGAUGAGAUGGUCAAACCCAGUCCCAGCAGUGAUAUGAAUGCCAGGAAAGAUUACAUCACUGCCAAGUACAUUGAGAGGAAGUAUGCAAGGAAGAAGCACCCUGACAAUGCAGCUAAGCUGCAUGCCCUGUGUGAAGCAGUCAAGGCAAGAGACAUCCUGGGCCUAGUCCAAGUCUAUGCUGAUGGGGUGGACCUCACAGAGAAGAUUCCACUGGCCAACGGCCACGAGCAGGAUGAGACAGCUCUGCACCUUGCUGUCAGGUCAGUCGAUAGAACCUCCCUCCACAUAGUUGACUUCUUAGUGCAGAACAGUGGCAACCUCGACAAGCAGACGUGCAAGGGCAGCACAGCCCUGCACUACUGCUGCCUGACUGACAACGUGGAGUGCCUCAAGCUGCUGCUCAGAGGGAAGGCUUCCAUUGAAAUAGCCAAUGAAUCAGGAGAGACACCACUGGACAUAGCUAAACGUUUAAAGCACACUCACUGUGAAGAGUUGCUCACUCAGGCACUCUCUGGAAGAUUUAAUUCUCAUGUUCAUGUGGAAUAUGAGUGGAGGUUACUCCAUGAAGACCUGGAUGAAAGUGAUGAUGAUGUGGAUGAGAAGCUGCAGCCCAGCCCCAACCGCCGGGAAGACAGACCUGUCAGCUUCUACCAGCUUGGAGCCAACCAGCUGCAGCCCAGCACAGCCUCCUUGGCAAGGGAUGCAGCCAGCAUGGCCAAGGACAAGCAGAGAGGCUUCCUGCCAAGCCUGCUGCAGAAUGAAACCUAUGGAGCUAUCCUCAGUGGCAGCCCUGCCCCCAGCCAGCCUGCAGUGCCUGUCACAAGCACUGCUCCUCCUCUACCUCCAAGGAACAUUUGCAAAGUUCUUGGCAGUGGUAUUCAGACAAUUUCUUCAUCUAAUGCAGUGUGGAAGACAAAUUCUUUAGGAGUGGAGAGUGUAAGCAGGCAGAGGUCCUCAUCAGACCCACCAGCAAUCCAUGCCCCCGUGCCGCCCCUGCGGGUCACCUCGACAAAUGUGCUUUCUGCAGCACCACCACCUCCAGUGGCAAAGACAGCCAGCAUUAUAGAAGCCUUGAACCAGCAGUCCAAGCAGCCUCCAGCUGCUGCACAGAGCAAGCCAGCACCACCACCACUGCCCCCACAGCCUCCUAGCAGAGUACCUCAAAGGAAGCCUCUUGCUGGGACUGACCUUGUCUUCUUCUACUCCCCAGCAGCAGAGCCAUCCUCAGCCUGUGACAUCCCAGUACCACAGCCUGCUUCCACAGCCAACCCUCUGGCACAGAUCCAGCCACCAGCACCCAUGCCAAGGAAAUCCCAAGUCUCCAAAACCAAACCCAAGAGGGUAAAAGCAAUCUACAACUGUGUGGCAGACAACCCUGAUGAGCUGACCUUUUCAGAGGGGGACAUCAUUGUGGUGGAUGGUGAGGAAGACCAGGAGUGGUGGAUCGGGCACCUGGACGGCGAGCCCGGGCGGAAGGGAGCCUUCCCUGUUUCCUUUGUGCACUUUAUCGUGGACUGA